CUUGCCACGACCCUGCUCGGGAUGAGUGGCUUCAGCCAGUGUGUGUGUGUGUGUUGUCACUAACAUGACUGUCAUUUACCAUUUCAACAGUGUUCCUCAGAACAUCAGUGAAUAGGCGGAACAUUUAUGAAUUACUGCGGCCCUGGCAUUUUCAACAUCUUCAAUAAAGUGUAUUGCGUUAUGUUUAUAAUUGUCUAAUUUUUGAACUGAGGGGUCACUGUUCUGAUAUUGAGGUGUAUGGUUGCAUCUUUAAAAUACGCUUAAAAAUAUUGUUGCUGCAUAGAGUAAAUAGCAUGAAAACCCUGAAUAGUUUGCAGUUUAUAUUUUUAUCUAGCAGGAACAGGGGUCUUAUAUGAGUUUUUAUCAGUUGCUGUCCGGACCAGUUAACUCACCUGCAGUGCUUUUAGAUGGUUUCUUACGAGACCUGACAGCUUUCAGCUUUUCCUUUAUCACCUGGUCUGCCUCCAGAUGUUUUUUUUUUCUAUUGCUGUGCAUCUUCAGCAUAGUAACAACAAAAACACAAAUCACUGCCUUUUCACAUCUUUAGCCUUUGUUUACGCUGCUGUUUGUCACAUGCCUUUUAAAUGUGACACAGGUCACACACACUACUCAGUCUAAAUAAAAAGUCCUUGAAAAAAGAGUAUUUUAGGAGAUAAAAAUUAAUCUGUGCAUUUAUCUUGUGUUAUUGCAAUCCAGUCUGUCUCAAACACAAGCACGAUGGGAAAUUAUGGCACACAUUUGCUCCUUGCAUCACAAAUGGUGCAGUUGCAUUUCUGAAGACACACCUUUUUUUCUGUAUAUAUUUUCCAAAAGCUGCAUCAUUUCUGUUUUCUCUCAUUUCUGUAGUAGAGCGAACACAAUCCAGGCAACAGAAGUCAGUAAAACACACCAGAGGGGGGUAUGGGACCCCAUCAAUUCAACUAUGCUUCUGAGGUGUUUACUGCUCCUGUCUGCUGUUCCUGAGUUUGCGAUUCUAUAAUAACGCCACUGAGAAGUGAACUGUUUCCAUGGAGAUCAUAGUGCAGAUAAUAAACAAAGCUGGACGCACUUUGUGUGUCAAUCAAUCAGUCAUUAGCUCACAUUGAUCAGGAGGCUGUUUUUGAUAACUUUUUUCAAUAAUUUUGAUUUAACUGUACUGCAGCUCAAAGCAGAUGAAAAUUGCUGACUUUUUGAUUUAUUAUACAUUUUUACAGAAUGUAACCCACAAAUAAAUUGAGACAUCUGUAUUAUUGAGUGUUUAUUGGUUGAGUUACUGGUAAAAGUGGCUUUGGAGUUAUAGAACAAGUUAUAAUCUUCUGGUUCAACUUGUGUUCCUAACCUCAGAAAUUUUUGUGUGUGUGAAAAGAUUCAGCUAAUGAAAAAUGUGUCACUGCCUGUAAACACAUAUCUUGCAGUGUGUGCUUGAUUGAUUGAUAGAUUUUUUUCAUUGACUAAUUUAUUUAUUUAUUCCGUUCGCAGGGUUAAGACUGAUGAAGGACUCCGGGGUUAAGCCCCCAGAUGGGGGCUACGGUUGGGUGGUUGUGGCCUCUGCCUUCACCGCCAUGGGCCUCACAGCAGCUGUUCUAAAGAACUUUGGCCUUUUCUUUUUGGACAUCCAGAGGUCCUUCGGUGUUCUGACAAGCACCACAUCCUGGGUCACUUCUAUUGCCAUUGCCAUGUUCCAUCUGGGAGCCCCAGGUGCCAGCGUGUUGAGCAUGCGCUUCUCCCAGCGUGCCGUCAUCAUGGUGGGGGGGUGUCUGUCUGCCUUGGGAAUGGUGCUUGCCUCACUGGGACUGAGCCUUCCCUGGAUCUACCUGACUAUGGGCCUUCUGCAAGGCUUGGGAAUAUCGUUGUCGUGGAUAUCAGCGAACAGCAUGGUGAGCCACUACUUCUCCCGGUGGCGCUCCAUAGCGUACGCCAUAGCCAGCUCUGGAGAGUGCAUCUUCGCCAUUGCCUUCAGCCCCCUCUUUCAGUGGUUCAUCGACACCUUCACCUGGCAGGGGGCGCUCCUGCUUAUUGGGGGCCUCCAGCUCAAUCUAUGUGUGUGUGGGGCCCUCAUGAGGCCCCUGAAGCAUCCCCUGACCCGGAGCCGGAGCCCUGCGCUCGAUACGACGGACGUUCCUGAGCUUGGGGAUUCUGACGUGCGUGAGCAGGAGGAGGUGAAACUGAACUUUCAGUGGUCUCUGCUGAAGAAACGGGAGAUGGAACUCUACAUACUCUUUGCUGUCUUCGCAGCUGUUGGCUUCUUCAUUCUCCCCUUGUACCUGGUCCCUUACGCCAGCAGCCUUGGCCUAGAACCGUACUGGGCCACCUCGCUGUUGUCGGUGAUGGCGCUGGGAGACCUGAUGGGCAGGCUGACCUGCGGCUUUCUGGCCAACGCCCGGUUGAUACGCAACCUGCAGCUCCUGGUGGUGGUGGUGACACUGCUGGGGGUGGUCCAACUUCUGCUCCCCACUGCAAGGAGCUACGCUGCCUUGCUGGUAUUCUCCUCUUUCAGUGGCCUCCUCUUUGGAGGCAUCGUGGCUAUUCACGUCACGUCUAUCAUUGACGUGGUCGGGGUGGAUGCGUUUGACAGUGGCCUGGGCCUUUUCAUGCUCUUGCGCAGCACUGGCGGCUUCAUCGGUCCACCAGCUGCAGGCUGGCUGGUGGACAGGUUUGGUGACUUCAGUUCCAGCUUCUACCUUUCUGGAGUCUGUUUCAUUGUAUCUGGCAUUUUUGUGGUGCUCGUGGACCUGCUGCUGCAGAGAAAAAAGGCAGCUGGAAGAGAGCAGGGACUCAACCCUGAGCUGCAUGGCUGCCCGUCCACAAAAGGAGACACCGGGGGUUUGUGCAACAGUGGACCAAAUAGCAGCUCGGAGGUGGUUGUAAGCCCAGGAAAUGCCGCGGACCUGGGGCGUAAGGGGAUGUAUAGUGCAUGAAGCUGCAAGAACCUGCGAGCCCCAGCAACUGUAUUUCUUCUAAGGCAGGUUAUGUCUGCGUUUUCUGUUUUUAUGGUUUCUAAUGAGACGGCUUGCUUUGAGGUGAACAGAAUGAAAUUAGACACCAGCAUAUUGUAGAUUCCUGAUAAUACUGUAGUACAGGUCAGUACGGGUCAUACUUGUCUAGUUCACUUGAAUAAAAGAACCCCACAGCAGCCCCACCCUGCCUGCAGGCACGUGUGUGUACCCUCAUGGAUCCUCAGCAGUGUUCACUGGUUUUAUCACAGCCACCGCAGAGCUCAAGUCUCAGGACGUAGAUCAUCAGUGGCAAGGAAGUUCACGAACUUUCUUUACUUUGUCUUUCAAGCCUCCUAUGACUGGCUGCCGUUGGACGGCUGUUUUCUCUCUGACUUUCUGGGUGUGCAUCACCAUUGGCAUGUUUGGUGGGAUCUUUGAACGUUCACUUUGUACGAAUCAUGAUUUACUUUUACAUUAGUAGCAGGUAGUGCAGUGGUCAGGACUGUCACCUUGCCACCAACGCCAACGUGUUCGAGUGGCAAAUUCCACUGUAGCUCUUCCGGGCAAAGUACGUACCCUGACCUGACGGGGUUAAAAUUAUCUGGCUGUAUACACUGGUAAGUAAUUCUAAAUUGAUGAGCACAGUAUACAGACCUUCCACUGCAGGUGGCUAAAUGGUAGUGGUACUUAUUCAGAAAACACACACACACACACACAUUUUCUGAACCGCUUGUCCCAUACGGGGUCGCGGGGAAC